AUCCAGUAUCGAGUAAGGGUUCAGUACAUAUCAAGAUCACGUGACAUAGAAAGUUGAUAGUAAGAAACUUGUCAUACUUUGAAGGCGUUUAGCAGUAACUAAUCUUACAAUGGCAAAUUUUCCACCACCAAUUAGGAAUCCAGAAAUUAAAUACACUCAGAUUUUUAUCAACAAUGAGUUUGUAAAUUCUGUCAGUGGAAAGGUUUUCCCAACCAUCAAUCCUGCCACAGGAGAAAAAAUAUGUGACAUACAAGAAGGUGAUAAGGCAGAUGUAGACAAGGCAGUCGCUGCAGCAAAAGAGGCUUUCAAACUUGGAUCACCAUGGCGACGAAUGGAUGCCAGCAAGAGAGGGAAACUUCUGAUGAAAUUUGCCACCCUCUUAGAAAGAGAUGCUCAGUAUUUGGGUAGUUUGGAGACUUUAGAUAAUGGUAAACCCUACACCCAGGCUUUUGGUGAAUGUUAUUUCUCAUCAGAUGUUGUCAAUUACUACGCUGGAUGGGCAGAUAAAAUUCACGGAAAAACAAUUCCAAUCAAUGGUGACUAUUUGUGUUACACCAGACAUGAACCAGUUGGCAUUUGCGGACAAAUCAUUCCGUGGAACUACCCUGUACCUAUGUUUGUAUGGAAGAUAGCUCCAGCAUUAGCUGCCGGUAAUGUGAUUGUGGUCAAGCCUGCAGAACAGACACCAUUGACAGCUUUAUAUUGCUGUGCUCUUCUGAAAGAGGCUGGUUUCCCUCCUGGUGUGAUAAAUAUUGUACCUGGAUAUGGACCCACGGCUGGUGCUGCCAUUACUAAUCACCUUGACGUCAACAAAGUGGCCUUCACUGGAUCAACAGAGGUUGGACAGAUUAUUAUGCAAGCAGCAGGAGCUUCUAAUGUUAAAAGAACAACCCUAGAGUUGGGUGGAAAGAGUCCUAAUGUUAUAUUUGCUGACUGUGAUUUGGACACAGCUGUAGCAGCUGCCCAAGAAGCUGUGAUGACCAAUGCUGGACAGUGUUGUGUAGCUGGCAGUAGGACCUUUGUACAGGAGGGUAUCUAUGAUGAAUUUGUCAAGAAAACAAUUGAGAAGGCAGCAACGAGGAAAGUUGGAGAUCCCUAUGAGACUACAACACAGCAGGGUCCUCAGGUUGACGAAGAACAGUUCAAUAAGAUAUUAGGCUUGAUAGAGAGUGGGAAGAAGGAAGGAGCCAAGUUAAACUGCGGAGGUUCUAAAGCUGCAGACAAAGGAUAUUUUAUCCAGCCGACUGUCUUCUCUGAUGUCACAGAUAACAUGAAAAUAGCAAAGGAAGAGAUAUUUGGUCCAGUUCAGCAAAUCUUCAAGUUUAAGGAUAUGGAUGAAGUAUUAGAGAGAGCCAACAACACAUGUUAUGGACUGGGUGCAGCUGUAUUUACCAAUGAUAUCAACAAAGCCAUGAUGUUUUCACAAGGUGUACAGGCAGGCUCUGUAUGGAUAAAUUGUUACAAUGUAGUCAGUGCCCAGGCUCCGUUCGGAGGAUUUAAAAUGUCUGGACUUGGGAGAGAAUUGGGAGAAUAUGGAAUAACACAGUACUAUGAAGUGAAGAAUGUUGUUGUCAAGAUUCCACAAAAGAAUUCUUAAGGAUGUUCGCCACUCUGUUAAAAGACUGCAAAUGUGUAUUUAUCAAACUCUGUUAAAUUUAAAUAUUGAACUCUGCUUAAACUAAAUCAAAAUAUGUAGGAAUAAUUUGAAUUAUUUGAAAAUAAAUGUUGUUAUAAAUCAACAGAUACUGUUUAUAUAAAGAUUGUAAAAUAAGAAGUGCCACGAUAUAUAACUACAGCAAAGAUUGUAUUAAGUAUUUUUUUAUAUUUUGAUACUUUUGUGGCAGCAUAACUGCAAAGUUUACUUGCAUGACUUUAAAAACUUAGUUUAUACUUAUCUUUGUAUUCUUUAUGGUUAAAAAAAAGUUCUUUAACUUGAUAUUGCCAUUUUUUACUGUAUAGGAAUAAUCAUGUUAACUUACUUUUUAUACCAAUGUUAUGAGUGUGUUAAUGUCUGUUAUUAAGUUUUUCCCCCUGAUUUUAGAUAUGCUAGUUUUAUAACAAUGAUAAUGUGAUUUGUUUUUAAAGGAUUUUAUAUUGUUAAUUUAAAUUAGUACAUUUAAAAACUACAGAAAAUAAUUUCCAUUGCCAUAAUAGUCGGUGCUUUUCAUUUAUCCAUUAUUGGAUUAAAAACUUAGCUUCAGGAUAUCAUUAGAUUGUUUUUCAAUUGCAAGAUACAUUUAGCUCUAGUCUGUAUAUGAUAAAUUUGGAUCCUCAACCUGUUGUUUAUUUCCUAUUAUGUUUGUUAUAUCAUAAAGUCUGUAUUCAGAUAUAGGAAGUAUUAGAAAAUAUCAAUAAAAAUGAAUAAAUUC